AAAAAAAAGACCAAACCAGCCCGAUGAUGAUGAAUACAUUGGAAAGUUUUUUUGGCCCUGGUGAGGGUGUCAGAUUGAAUGCUCUGUGCGCAUGUGCGAAGGUGUCCAAACUGACAAUGCUGGGGAGAUGAAGAUAGUGUGUAGCUGCUUCUGGGCUCAAGGAGGAGGAGAGGAAUCCACACGCCGACACGAUGAGAUCCAAGGCGAGGGCGAGAAAACUGCCCAAAAGUGACAGCGAGAUUGUAAAUAAUAUGUACGAGACCGACCCCGAUCUCCUUGCUGGAGAAAGCGCAGAGGAGGAAACUGAGGACAGUAUAAUGUCCCCCAUCCCUGUGGGACCUCCGUCACCCUUCCCCACCAGUGAGGACUUCACUCCCAAGGAGGGCUCACCCUAUGAAGCUCCCGUCUACAUUCCUGAUGACAUUCCAAUCCCACCAGAUUUUGAACUCAGAGAAUCUUCGAUCCCAGGGGCAGGGCUAGGGAUUUGGGCCAAAAAGAAGAUUGAAGUUGGGGAAAGAUUUGGACCCUAUAUGGCAGUACAGAGGAGCACAUUAAAGGAAACAAACUUUGGAUGGGAGCAAAUACUGACUGAUCCCGAGGUGACCUCCCAGGAGGGCAAUAUUAAAAAGGUUCCCGAUGCCCUGGGCACUGACAAGUUCUGCGGCGACGCCGGCCAGGGCGGGGCUGGGAACUGGCUGAAGUACAUCCGAGUGUGCUGCUCCUGCGACGAGCAGAACCUGGCUGUGUGCCACAUCAACGAGCAGGUCUAUUAUAAAGUUAUUAAAGAGAUUGAGCCGGGAGAAGAGCUGCUAGUGUGUCUGAAGGAAGGAGGUUAUUCCCUGGGGAACAUGGCACCCAGCAUGGAAGAGGAGCCCUCGUUCCGCUGCGAGGACUGCGAUGAGCUGUUCCAGUCCAAGCUGGACCUGCGGCGCCACAAGAAGUACGGCUGCGGGGCCGUGGGGGCCCUCUACGAGAGCCUCAGCAACGAGAUCAAGCAGGAGGGCCUCGCAGAUGGACAGGUCUACGAGUGCAAGGACUGUGAGAGGAUGUUCCCCAAUAAAUACAGCCUGGAGCAGCACAUGGUGAUCCACACCGAGGAGAGGGAGUACAAGUGUGACCAGUGUCCCAAGGCUUUCAACUGGAAAUCCAACCUGAUUCGUCACCAAAUGUCUCACGACAGUGGGAAACGGUUUGAAUGUGAAAACUGUGUUAAGGUGUUUACGGACCCCAGCAACCUCCAGCGGCACAUCCGCUCGCAGCACGUGGGGGCGCGGGCCCACGCCUGCCCCGACUGCGGCAAGACCUUCGCCACCUCCUCGGGCCUCAAGCAGCACAAGCACAUCCACAGCACUGUCAAACCUUUCAUAUGUGAGGUCUGUCACAAAUCCUACACGCAGUUCUCCAACCUGUGCCGCCACAAGCGGAUGCACGCGGACUGCCGCACCCAGAUCAAGUGCAAGGACUGCGGGCAGAUGUUCAGCACUACCUCCUCCCUCAACAAGCACCGGCGCUUCUGCGAGGGCAAGAACCAUUACAGCCCCGCCGGAAUCUUCGCCCCCGGCCUCCCCCUCACGCCCACCUCCAUGAUGGACAAAUCCAAACCCUCUCCCAACCUCAACCACGCCAGCCUGGGCUUUAACGAGUAUUUCCCGUCCCGCCCGCACCCCGGCGGGCUCCCGUUCUCGCCAGCCCCCCCAGCCUUCCCCGCCCUCACCCCGGGAUUCCCGGGGAUUUUUCCGCCUUCUCUGUACCCCAGGCCUCCCUUGUUACCGCCCACGCAACUGCUCAAAAGUCCCCUCAACCACACUCCGGACGCGAAGCUCCCCAGCCCCCUCGGGAACCCGGCGUUGCCCCUCAUCUCCGCGGUGAGCAACAGCAACCAGGCUCCUUCAGGGGAGGAGAAAUGUGAAAGCAGCCUGGAGAACUCCUACCUGGAGAAGCUAAAAGCCAGGAACAGUGACAUGUCCGAUGGCAGUGACUUUGAGGAUGUCAAUACGACCACGGGCACGGAUCUGGACACCACGACUGGCACCGGCUCUGACCUGGACAGUGACGCGGAGAGUGACAGGGACAAAACGAAAGACAAGAGCAAACAAAUGGAGACCAAGCCAGAUUUUGUCAGCAGCUCGGUGUCUGCCAGUUCCACCAACACCACGAGCGAGAUCCCUCUCUUCUAUUCUCAGCAUUCCUUCUUUCCUCCCCCUGAGGAGCACCUGCUGCCCACCACGGGCGCUGCCAAUGACUCUAUUAAAGCUAUCGCCUCCAUUGCAGAGAAGUAUUUUGGGCCUGGCUUUAUGGGGAUGCAGGAGAAAAAGAUGGGUUCACUCCCGUAUCAUUCCAUGUUCCCUUUCCAGUUCCUCCCCAAUUUCCCCCACUCCCUCUACCCUUUCACGGAGCGGACCCUCAAUCACAACUUGCUGGUCAAGGCAGAACCAAAGUCACCCAGGGACCUCCACAAAGUCGGUGGCACCAGCUCGGAGUCCCCCUUCGAUCUCACCACGAAGCCAAAAGAGAUUAAGCCAAUCCUGCCGCCCCCCAAGGUCCUCCCAGCCCCGUCCUCAGGCGAGGAGCAGCCACUGGAUCUGAGCAUUGGCAACCGCAUCCGAGCCAGCCAGAACGGAGGGAGAGAGCCACGGAAAAACCACAUUUAUGGGGAGAGGAAGCUGAUGGCAAGUGAGGUCUUACCUAAGAUUUCCCAGUCCCAGCUGCCUCAGCAGCCUUCCCUGCACUACGCUAAGCCAUCGCCCUUUUUCAUGGACCCCAUCUACAGCAGGGUGGAGAAGCGGAAGGUGACAGACCCCGUGGGUGCCCUCAAGGAGAAGUACCUGCGACCCUCCCCGCUGCUUUUCCACCCCCAGAUGUCGGCCAUUGAGACGAUGACGGAGAAACUGGAGAGCUUUGCAGCCAUGAAGGCCGACUCUGGCUCGUCCCUGCAGCCCCUUCCCCACCACCCCUUCAACUUCCGAUCGCCGCCGCCCACGCUCUCCGACCCCAUCCUGCGCAAGGGCAAGGAGCGCUACACCUGCAGGUACUGUGGCAAGAUCUUCCCACGCUCAGCCAACCUGACGAGGCAUCUGCGGACACACACUGGGGAGCAGCCUUACAGGUGUAAAUACUGUGACAGGUCAUUCAGCAUUUCCUCCAACCUGCAGCGGCACGUCAGGAACAUCCACAACAAGGAGAAGCCAUUCAAGUGCCACCUGUGCAACAGGUGCUUCGGGCAGCAGACCAACCUCGACAGGCACCUGAAGAAGCACGAGCACGAGAACGUUCCAGUGAGCCAGCACUCCGGAGUCAUCACCAACCACCUCGGGACCAGCGCCUCCUCCCCCACCUCGGAAUCAGACAACCAUGCACUUUUAGACGAAAAAGAGGAUUCCUAUUUCUCGGAAAUCAGAAAUUUUAUUGCCAAUAGCGAGAUGAAUCAAGCGUCGGCUUUAGCGGAUAAAAGGCCAGAAAUCCAGGAUAUUGACGGCAAUUCCCAGUGCCACGGACUGGCAAACGAGAAGACAGAAGAUGUGGACGAUGAGGACGAAGAACUGGAAGAGGAAGAUGACGACAGCCUGACUGGGAAGUCCCAGGACGAGACGGCGUCGCCCACGGCGGAGCCCCGGGGAGCGUUCGAGGAUGAGGAGGAUGAGGAGCCCACGUCUCUCACCAUGAGCUUUGACCACACCCGAAGGUGUAUUGAGGAGGACGAAGCCGGCCUGUUAGAUUUGGAGCAGAUGCCGAAUUUUGGGAAGGGGCUGGAUCUCCGCAAAGCGGCCGAGGAAGCAUUUGAAGUUAAAGAUGUGUUUAAUUCCACCUUAGACUCUGAGGCAAUAAAACAGACUCUGUACAGGCAGGCUAAAAACCAGGCUUAUGCAAUGAUGCUGUCCCUGUCUGAGAACGCUCCCCUCCACACGUCCUCCCAGAACUCUCUGGGGGCUUGGCUGGACAUGGCAGGAGCAGCUUCAGAGUCGGGGACCUUUAACCCCAUCAACCACCUCUGAGAGGUCCACAAGGCACUGGCCAGAGCCCAGGUGAGGCAGUGGUGGUGCUGCAGCCAUCCCAGCAAAAUCCCAGCGAGCAGAAGAUGGAUGAGAGGGCCUCAGGGAGUCGUCUGGACUUUGGGCUGAGAAGGAAACCUGUCACAUCUGACCUACACGUCCUGCAUUUUUAUCUCUCUAGAGUUUUCCUUUCUAAUUUAUCACAAUGAACCUCUCCCAAACUGGAUAACCCUGAAGCAGCCCCAGGAUUUCACAGCCUGUAGGAAUAGCAUGAGCAAGACACGAAUUGCAACAGUGCAAUCAAAGAUUGGCCCCUCCAACCUUCCAAACCAGUGUCACUGAGCCAGCACAGCCUGAGCAGGAGCGACAGCUUGGAACCACAGGGCAGCAUUUCCUUCCCAUCCAGCUGCAUGGUGAAGCACCAAGGGAAGAGAGCCAGGUGUGACCUGUCCCCGCUGCAACUGUGACACAGCCACUGGAGUUAUGCCAGGGAAAGGCAAACUCAACCCACUUAACUGACCCCCACAAAAGAAUUUGGAAUUCUGCACUCCCACAGAAACGCCAUCCUGUCCUUUGCUCCCAGCAAACACUGGCACAGUGCAAAGCUCCUCCAAGGUGAGGCCACGAUGCCUGCAGUCCUCGUGAGCCACAUGCAGCUCCCAGCCUGGAACAGUGCUGAGGCUGGGGUGACAGAUGUGUCACAUGGACAUGGAUGGUCCCCUGUGCCCUGAGCGAGGCUGGGAGAGCUCCCUGCCCCUCCUGGUUCCUGUGGGAGUGCCUGGGACAGAGCCAGCAUGGUGGAACUCCUGGAAAUGCUUGGAUUUGCCUAAGAAGAGAGGUCACAGGGUAAAGCUCUUCCUGGUUGUGCAUAAGGAAACGUGUGCUGGGCAAACCCAGGGCAGCUCAGACACAUCUGCUCGUGUGUCAGGGUUUCAGGGUGACAUCACCCUGUGCUGAUGGUAUCUGUGGCACAGAUCUCUGAUUCACACCGUUGGUUUGGCCUGGUUUUCCCUCUGCACUGCCUGCUGCUGCUUGGCCUGUAAUUUAAGUAGAAAGAUGAACAUUUCCAUGCUCCAGCAGCCUCAGGGGUGCAGAACAUGGAGAUAAGAAUCCAGCUGUCUCUCUGACUCUAAAACUUCCCAUAGAGAUUUUAUGAGUGAUUUCCAAUCACUUCCAAACCUCAUCUUGUCCACUGAUACACAGCAGCCUCCACAAAUCCUGCAGGCUUUGUGCUGUUCUCUGCUGCAAUUCCCAGCCGCUGUUGGAGCAGGGAAUUUGGAGAUGACAUUCCUUUUUGGAAUGGUUGGGAAAGCCAUGGAAAAGGGCAGAUGGAGGGUUCUAGGCCAGUCUAGUGUGGGAAGCCUCAUUCCAGCAGGCCAAAACAGUGGAACAAGCUCCCUGAGCAAAGCAGAGUCAGAGUUGGGUGUGACACCUUUGCAAGUCAGCUUUGCACCCAAGAGCACAUGUGAGGCUGAUUUUGGGGAGCCUCAGAGUGCCCCCACAGGAAAGCAUCCAGGGUGGCUUUGGUACAGAGGGAACAAAAGGUAAAUUAGCAACAGUGUGUUUUCGCAAGAAAAUUUACCCUCCCUUUUUUGGUUUUCCACAACAUCCUGUGAAAGUGCCCAAGGCUCUGAGAGCACCAGGCGGUGUGACCGAGCUGCUUCAUGUAUUUGCACAAAGCUCCUGGGUAGGAAAGCCAACCCUGCCGGAGGAAUCCCGGCUCUGUGGAGGAGAGGGACAGCCCUGUCCCAUCCCACCCCAUCCAUCCCAUCCCAUCCCAUCCCAUCCCAUCCCAUCCCAUCCCAUCCCAUCCCAUCCCAUCCCAUCCAUCCCAUUCCAUCCCAUCCCAUCCCAUUCCAUUCCAUCCCGUCCCGUCCCAUCCCAUCCCAUCCCAUCCCGUCCCGUCCCAUCCCAUCCACCCCAUCCCCAACCCCAUCCCAUCCCAUCCCAUCCCAUCCCAUCCCAUCCCAUCCCAUCCCCACAGGCUGCAGCACAGCCCUGCCCAGGCACUUGGCCUUUAAAUUAUUCCCACAGGGGCCAACUGAAAAUAAUAAAAGAAUUCUUUCUUUUCCUGAUGGAAUUUAUUUUAAUCUGUAUAUAACUUGUCAUUUUGGGCUAAUUCCUUUCUUAUUUUAUUUCUUCCUUAACAGUAUUUUUUUUACAUUAUCUAUCAUUCUUGUGAAGAAAUCAUGUUAAUACAAGUAUGUAGUGAAGGACCAAAAUCGUGCUGUUGAGGUUGGAUGUUGGACAAGCUGGGAGCAGGAAGGUUUUGUCCAUGUGCCAAAUGACCCCAGUCAGUGCUGCCAGUGGUGCUGCUGAUCCCCAGACAAUCAUCCCUCAGCUCCCCUUUGCCUUGAGGCUCCUGGGCCAUUACAGGAAGGUUCCAGUGACUGGGAGCAGCACAGGAGGAGGAGGAGCUCCAGGAGAGCAUGGGAACAGCCUUAAACUUGGGGAUGGAUCCAUCCUGUCCCAUUCCAGCUGCAGCUCCAUGACUCCUGGCAGCUGUUUGGAACAAGCCACGUGUCUGAGCAUCGCUCUGCCGUGCUGGAACAGGAUCUGUGGGCAGCAGUCAGUGUUUGUGUGCUCUGACCAUGGUUUGUUCACCCUUGAAGAAACCUCAGGGCAGGUCAGCAUUGCACUCCACAGCACGGGGAGGUGACAGAGCAGCCCAGGGAGUGGCAUUGAACUGGACACCAAAUGUGGGCCAAUACUAAGGAAUGCAAGUGUUAUUGUGUGGAUUUAUUUGGGGUAUUUAUGGUUUUCCUGUCCCUUUCUCAGCCCUGCUGCCAGUUGUGUCAUUUCUCCAGAAGCAGUUGGUCAGGUCCUUGCUCUGACUGAGCUCACACUGUUGCUAUCCCCCUCCCCAGGCUCAUCCUGGCUCUCCAUGGAUCUCCUGAGGGCCCCUGGCCAAGGAUUAGGGAGGUGUUAUCCAGCCAGGGAUUGAGGACAUUAAAAAUAGAGGGUUUAAAAUCUUUUUUUUUUUUUCAUAUUUCCUAAUUCAGUUUCUCCCCAUUUCCUCUAGCUUGUGUUGUAGAAUCUCCCGACUCCUCUAAUUUAGCACUGAUUACAAGUUUCAAUUUUCCCCAUUAAGAUAAAGAAACAGGAAGCCUCACUGAACUUUUGUUGACCUCUACCUUUUGUUGGAUUGCACUUGGAACGUGCUGCAGCUCACAGCAGGUGUGGAGGUUCCAUUUUGCUGCUUUAGCAGAGAAUCUCACCUUUUCAAGGCUGCUUCCUGAGAGGUUUGUGUCCAGGAUGAUCUGCUAGCAGAGCACUGCUGGCUUCCCAGUGCUGGGGAAGCUCUGGGAGCUUUGGUGAGACAUGGAGCUGUGGUGGGACCUGCUGGGAUCCAGGGCAGGUGAGGGUGGCAGGGAUGGGAAGUGGCUGUGGUGUGUCCAGUAGCCAGGGUGUGGUUUAAACCCAGAGCUUUGUGUAGGAUCUAUUUAUUUAAAGUAUUUUCACAGCUGUAACAGCACAGAGGAGAGAAGGAGAAGCCCUGGGGAUUUUUGGGGUGGUCAGGUGGGGCUGGGAGCUGCGCAGGGCUGAAGUGUUGGUGCCCUGUGAAGGGCCCUCGCUUUGGCCAGGGCUGGACCCUCCUGCCUGAGCUGCUCAGGGAGGAGGAUGUGAGUCUCGUGUCUGUGCAUUCCCUGCUUCCCACCAGCUCAGAGCUGGUGGUUGUUGCUGGUGUGAUCGCUGUGGCUGGUGCAGACAGCUGGGAGCUCUCUGCUGGGAAGAGCUGAGGUUCUCCCACGGGUUGUGCUGAGGUGCCAGGUCCUGCAGGACACCUUGCGGCACCCAGUUCUCCUGCUGGGCUGCUGGCUUCUUCCCUGGGGUGUUCCCUUUGGUGCUCAGGCUGCUCUGGGUGCCUUUCCAAGGUGUCCCAGGCCAGCAGGCCGUGCCUGGCCAGGUGCCGCGGGGACAUCGCAGCGCGGGACCCCAAACCCAAAGGGGGCUGCACAAACACCAGCGGGUGUGCCCAGCUGAUUCCGGGACAAACACCCUGCUGGGCUCCUGUCCUCCCUCGGACAGCCAGAGGAAGCUUUUGCCCCCUCCCCAAUCAGCACUUAGGCCCUCGGUGGCUGCUCCUGGGAGCAGCUCCUCGCUGCCGUGGCGGACGGAGCCUUUUGGAAGCACUUGCACAAUGAGGUGAACGUGUUUGGCGCUGAGCAUCAAAGCACUGGAUGGUGACCCCCCCGUGCCCCCCGGCCAGGCCAAUCUGCUGACUUCCCACUCGGUUUUUACGUGCUGUACUGUGUGUGUGUGUGUGUGGCGGGGGGCAGCGCUGGGGACCCUGCCCCUUUUUGGGGGGGACCCUGAGCCUUGGGGACAGCGCUGUCCCCAAGGGCAGGAGUGGCGUCGCUCGGGUCAGUGCUGGCAACACAAGGGCAAAACCCUCUGCUCCUCGCUGGUGGUCAGUAGUGUUCUCACAAAGCCAUGAAACUUCUCCGUAGUGUUGAGUGAAACUGUGACUAAAACGUUCUUGAAUGAUUCCGAGGUUCUUUUUUUCUCUUUCUUCUGUCGUUAAUUCUUAUUACCACUUUGGAAGAAGAAAUUUAAAAAGAAAAAUUUAAAAAAAAAAUUAAAAAAAUUUAAAAAAAAAAGAACGAAAAAGAAAAAAAAGGCAGCUUUGAUUUUCCAAAUGUGCAAUUCACAUGUGAACAAAGUAAUUCUGAAAGUAAUUCUCAGUGUAUUUUACAUUCUCAUUGCUCUCUUCAAAGCAAGAGAUGUUUUGCCCUGAUGUCAUUUCCAGCCUGCAGAAGAUGUAAUUUAAAACAUAUAUAUAUUGUGCUUGCAAGAAUCAUAAAUCUGUGCAUCCUAUGUCAUUCCUUUUCCCAUUGUUACAAUACAGAUAUGAUUUAGGUUGGAUUUUUUUUUCCUUUAGACCUGUAUAGUGUUUUUUUAAAUCAAUUGUAAAUGUCUGGUUUUCAUAUAAUGUUUAAAAAACAUUGAGAAAGAGGAUGGUGCUUGUUCCAUAUCAUUCUUGAUUGUAUAUUGCUUCUGUUAUGUUUAUAAGUAAACUGUGCAUGACUUGUGUUUAGCAGUCAUUAUUGUGUCUGUUUGUGAAAUUUUUAUUAAAAAGAAAAAAUUCCGUAGAUGCACUUAUUGUAUAUGUGAUUAGAUUUUGCGUCCGAGGCUCGAAGCCUCGAACUGCCAAGGAAGAAAGAAAAAGUGUUGGCAGUUAUUAAUUAAUAUGGAAUCGCUUUGUUGGGAGCAUAAUGAAAGAAAAGAUAUGAAGUGUAGAAAAUAAUUAAAAAAAAGGCAAUUUUACAAAUUUCAUUUUGAUGCUUGUGAUAAAAGACAAAUGUACUUGUGUAGAGAAAUUCCUUUAAAAUAAUGAAUAGAAAAAGCUGAUUUUGAGGUUAAUGCUGUAGAAUAGGAAUGUAUACCAAAUGUAAUCUUUCCAAUGCUACAAUGAAUUUAUACAUGAGAUUGAUAUGCAAUAAACCUG